UCUUCCGCCGCAGCCGCACCACUGCUCAGCUCACCGCGCCGCACCACACCGCACCGCACUCACUCUUUCUCUUCGUCUCGUUUCAGUUGUUGCUUUGUCACAAUAUGUAUAACGGAAUAGGGUUACAAACUCCAAGAGGGUCUGGUACCAAUGGCUACAUUCAGAGCAACAAGUUCUUCGUCAAGCCGAGAACUUCCAAGGUUGCUGAGAAUAUGAAGGGCUUUGAAGGAGAUCAGGGUACUGCUGGUGUUUCCAGAAAGGCUAACAAAGAGAUUCUUGAGCAUGAUCGUAAGCGUCAGAUUCAACUCAAACUUGUUAUUCUUGAAGACAAGUUAAUUGAUCAGGGUUAUACUGAUGCUGAGAUCGCUGAGAAACUCGAGGAGGCUCGCAAUAGCUUGGAGGCUGCAGCUGACGAAAAUGAUUCUAAUUUGGACAAGGUUUCUGAUACACAGACUCAUCAAAUUGCUGCUAGAAAGGAAAGGCAGAUGGAAACAUUGAAAGCUGCUCUUGGCAUAGUUUCAUCUGAAGCUAAUGAAUUAAAUGCAGAAGGGAAUGAUGAGGGGCCUGACAAUGAAGGGAAAGAUGUUUCUUUUGCUGAUGCAAAACAUAUUCUGAAACCUGAACAUUCCUUUUUGGACAGAGAUUUCAGUCGGAAGAAACAACUGGAGGUAAUUCAAAAAGAAGAAACUACUAAGAAAAAGGGUGUUAAAGACACAAAGCACCACAAGAAGGGUGGGACUCUCAAGAAAAAGUACAAGGAUGAUUCAUCCGAUUCAGAUAGCAGUACGGAUGAUGAGAAGACAGGUAGAAGGAAGCACAGUAGGGUUGAUACUGACAGUAGUGAUCGAGCUGAUUCUGAUAGUGAUGCUAAGAGGAAGGUCAAGGCCAAAAAGAAGCAAAAGACAUCUAAGCACCACAAGAAAGGCAGGGUGGAGGACAGUGAUGAUACUGAUUUUAGUUCUGAUACUGAUGACAGCAUCCGUGCAAGAAAAAGUAAUAAAAAACCAGAAAAGGGUAGUAAGAGGCAUGAUUCAUAUGGUGAUUCUGAUCAUCAUGAAGUCUUACCUAGGCAUAAGACUAAAGAAGUGGAGGGACAUAUGAAGAUGAGCAAACGUUAUGAUUCCGAAGAGGAAUCUGAUGCUGAUAGUGGAGAGAAAAAGAGCUCUAGAGAUGGGGAGGAUCAUAGAGAAACAAAGAUCAGAAGGAUUGAGGAUGAUCGCACGGGAAGAAAGACCUUGAGGAAUGAAGAUGAUUAUGAAGAAAGAAAGCACUUAAGGGAUGAGGGUCGUCAUAGAGAAGCACAAAGCAAAAGGGAUGGGGAUGGUCGCAAAGAAAGAAAGAAGUCAAGGGAUGAGGAUGAUCGCAAAGAAAGAAAGAACUCGAGGGAUGAGGAUGAUCGCAGAGAAAGAAAGAACUCGAGGGAUGAGGAUGAUCGCAAAGAAAGAAAGAGCUCAAGGGAUGAGGAUGUUCGUGGGGAAAGAAAGCACAGAGGGGAUGAUGAUUAUCCUGGAGAAAGAAAGCGCAGAAGGGAUGAUGAUGAUCAUGGAGAAAGAAGGCAUUAUCGAAGGGAUGAUGAUGAUCGUGGAGAAAGAAGGCACAGAAGGGAGUAGGAAGAUGGAUAGCCAUGAGGGUUACUCCGAGAAAACCAAAUACUAUGUUUCUAGUUCAAGGGAGAGGCAUGGAAACCGAAUACUGCAGUCAUGGAUUCAGAAUGCUUCUUUACUACUUUAUUAGCCUUUGAAUGUGGACCUGAGUAUUAUUUGUUGUCUUACGUUUCUGUUGCUUAAAGCAUGUAAUUUUUUUAGUGUGUUUGAACUAUUUAUUAUUCAUGUUUUGCCCAGAUUUCAAGUUGAGUUCCAUCCAACUAGUCAAUUUUGUUGGUGUUUUUCCUCUUAAGAGUUAAAUGAAUUUUCAAGAGUGGAAUACUGAACGUGCUAUUUUCAUGAA